GUACCUCAGCCAACACCAGUCAACAGACAGCAGCACCAAACUCCACUACACCAUCGCUAGAGUCGGCUGUCGCCCUACUACGGGCUGGGUCUGUGUGUUCUUGUGUUCCCUGGGAGUAUCUAUCUGCUCUACCCGACCCGAGAGACCCGUGUUUGAGACCCGUAUGAGGCUGACCCGUGUGAAACUGGUCACCACUUAACACUGGACACCUAUCAGAGAGAGCUGGCGAUGCGCUAUGACGUCAUGAACUUGUCGCUGGCUUACCCCCCUUCUCAAGGGCUGACCCAGGGGCAUAUGUUCCCCCACCAGCAGGCGUUGUACCCCGGGAUGAACAGCUCAAACAAGACCUCCCCCUCCAUGACGUCACCUCUGGGGGCCAGCACCCCCCUGACCAACGCCCCCAACAGCCUCCAGUCAUCCCUGUCCCCUCUGUCGUCAUCAUCUUCCUCGUCCAUGGAGUCGUCUGCCCUCUCAGCCUACAGCCAGAUGUCGGCCCUGCAGAGCCUGCACAGGGAGAGGCUGGGUCUGCUCCACGGGGAGGCCCGGGGGUACGGCCAGGGGGAGGACUGCUUCUCUAAACCCUACCUGUCCGACCUCCGCCCGGGCGCCGACUUCCGCGAGCACUACACGGAGUACAUCCGACAGCUCUCUGCCACCCAUGCCAGGCAUGAGCUCAGGGCCUCUCCCCAACACGACAAGAGACGCAACUCCCCCCACAGGAACCCCGGGUCACCGUCCGUGACCCCCACAGGGGUCGUGAACUCUGCGCACCAGUCCCCGGAUAAGGACGGGUCGAGUGAGGACAGCUCACCCUUCGAUGACCGUCACACGUCAGCAGACAACAACCGCACACACUCACCCAAGUCAGACUUUCACGCGCAUAACUUCCUGGGUCACUAUGACCUGGCCAACAACUCCCGCCAAAAUGGCGGCAACCACGAGGAAGACGAAGAAUUACUCCAGGUCGACUCUCCUCCACCUACCUCACCACGGAUCCAUGGCUCGCCCAGACAUUCUCUGGCCAGCGAUGACGAACAUCACCACGAUGAUGAAGAUGACGAGGACAGAGACAUUAUGUCGCGGUACGACAACGAGGACAUUGACCACGACAUUUGCCACACCAUGGAUAACGACGCGCCGCUAUCGCCAUCAAAAGACUAUGAUAUUAACGACGAGGAUAACGACGGCAGCAAGCCGGCAGACGAUUCGCACGGCGCCAACCCCGGCCACGCCUCCAUGAAGAAAAAGUCCAGUCUAGUCAAGCCGCCGUAUUCCUACAUCGCUCUCAUCACCAUGUCCAUCCUUCAGUCGCCCCGGAAGCGGCUGACUUUGUCGGGAAUCUGUGAGUUCAUCAUGAACAGGUUCCCCUACUUCCGGGAAAAGUUCCCCGCCUGGCAGAACAGCAUUCGGCACAACCUCUCGCUUAACGACUGCUUCGUCAAGAUUCCCCGGGAACCGGGAAAUCCCGGCAAGGGAAAUUACUGGACGCUAGACCCGGCUAGCGAAGACAUGUUUGAUAACGGAAGUUUCUUGAGGAGGAGGAAGCGGUACAAGCGGUCAUCACACCUCGACAUGAUGGGCCAGAACCCCGCCUUCAUGUCCGCCGCUGAUUCCUAUUUCCAUCACCACGGCUUCAUCAACCCCCACUCCCCGCACCCCGGGGCGUUCCACCCCAGCUCAGGACCCCUGGGCUACCCGUACAUGCCCCCGGGGUUAAGCCACUCCCUCUCCAUGAUGCAGAACGAUUACUCCGUCAGACACCCCCACCACGCCCCGCACCCGGGCCCCCCACAUUUCCACCUACCCCUGGGUCCUGUAGGACUUCCAGGACUCCACCAUAGUCCUAUGUCCUCCAUGACGCUCCACCGUAACCCCAACAGCCAGAUCCGGCAGUUGGAGAAGCUAGAGGUCCAGGAUAGGCAGUCUCCGGUCUCUGAGAGAAAAACUUCCAUUCCAUCUUCCCCACCCACCUCACCCAGAUCUUCACCCUCCCCGGGCGCCUCCUCACCCCCCGCCCCCACACCCCAGUCACGGCUACAGCCCAGUACCACCGUGUCCACGUCUACCACACAGAAAAAAGGUUUCACGAUCGACAACAUCAUCGGCACCUCCUCCUCCACCCACACCACCCCCUCCCCAUCCACAUCCACACCUCUAUCCAUCAAAACCGAACCCAAAUCCAUCCCCACCACCUCUCCCCCCUCCUCCAUGUUGGCGCCGCCCUCAGCCGUGGCGGCAGCGGCAGCCCUGUUGCCGGCUUAUCGUGCCGGUCUUGCCGGCUUCAACCUGACGUCAUCAUUCUCUUCAUUCUCCUCCCUGCAAGCCCUGAGGUCGGCGCCCUGGGACUUGCCAGGGCGGCCGGGGGGAGCCACCAGCGCUUUCGCCUCCCCUUUCGCGGGAGCUCUGUCCAACCUAACGCCACUUGACCUAGAAAAAUACCGACAGUACGUGCAGGCAUGCGCCAUAUCGGGCUGGCCUCGGUGACCUGCUCGCCUGGACAUGACUUCAGUCAACUGGCCUCGGUGACCUGCUCACCUGGACAUGACUUCAGUCAACUUGACUUGAGAUCUCAGAUCUCACCUGAUCUCACGCCAGACAGUCAGCCAAGUAGCUCGACUCUACUGCGUCUGCCGUCGCCAGUAAAGUGAUAUGUAACACUAAUUUUAAUUUUCUUCCAAAUGUGAAGACUCGUUGAAUGUGAAUGACAAAUUAUUUUAUUGAUCCAAAAAGCCAAAAUGCUUUAUAGCUGUCAAAUUUCUUUUAUUCUAUAGUAGAUGUCAGAGAAAUUGUCUAUUUAUAGAUUAUAAAUAAGUUGAUUCAAAUGAUGCAAUUUGAUGUAUUGUGAUUGUAGUAUUUACAUUUUCUUCAUGUUUAUUCAUGCGUGUC